AGGAACAAGAGAAAAAACUGGAUGAGGAUGUUCGGACCCGAGUUUCACUGCAGGUGGGCUGACUCUUGACCCCUCACCUUCAGAGUCAUCUACCUGAGGGGGCGGGGCCUGAGGAGCACAGGUCAUUAAAAUGGCAGCGACUUCCUCCCUGCUGGGCAGAGGUCUGGGUCUGGUCCUGGUGGAGUUCAAGUACGAGUACAAGGGUCAGGACGGGGUUCUGGUGUCCAUCAAACCCAACGAGCGUUACAUCCUGCUGGCCAAGACCAACGACCACUGGUGGCAGGUCCGAGAAGACAGCUGCUCCAGAGCCUUCUACAUCCCAGCCAAGUAUGUCAAGGAGCUGCCGGUCGAUUUCCCAUCCCCGCUGGACUUUGCUGACCCACCCAGUCCAGAACCGGUGCUGCAUCCUGUGGUGGCUCCUGUCCCAGUUCCCGUUCCAGUCCCAAAGCCUCUGGAGGAGCCUAGCGGGACCAAAACCAAACAAAGCGAUGAGAUGUUGAUCCGCCUCAGACCCAACGCCUCCAACCGGCACCAGAAGAACGACAACCGCAUGUCCACCUUCGGCGUACCAAUGGACUUGCCGGACCUGACCCACAUAGGGUUAUCACCCAGGGUUCCGAGUAACCCUCCUGCUGGUUCAGUUGAGACUGGGGCCACAGCUCCCAGUGGGACUACAAAAACAGCGGAUGGUAAAAAGCAACCUCACCCGUCGGGUCUCCUGGAGGACCAGAAGGAUUCUGGUAAACCUCGAGUUCCCAGUUUCAGCCCUGCAGACCCUCUGGUCAAAACCCGGCUCCAGAACCAGCCUAUCCCAGUGGAGACCCCGGUGGUUCCACCCCAGAACAAGUCCUCCCCAUCUGAGGGUUGCCUAGGAAACCAGCAGGAGCCAGAGGAGGAGGAGGAGGUGGCAGAAGAAGAGACGAGCACGGAGAGCAGCGAGGAGGAGGAGUCACGAAAGGAGGAAGACUCACACCACAUCUACGAGUCCAUCCAGGACCUGAAUCUGGACCUGGAGGCUCUUCACGGUCACCUUCAGAGUCCGGCAGCAGCAUCUGAACCUGCACCUACUGCUCCAGCUUCUGUAGCUCCACCCACCACACACCCAGCUCCGCCCACCUCAGAUGCAGCUCUGUCCACAAAACAGGACCAAAUCUUGCUCAACCCUAGUUUGUCCAUAUACGCCAACGUCUCCUCCCUGAAGAAAACCCCUCAGCCUCAGAUCUUGAUUUCCUGCCCGCAUCCCACAAACCCCGCCCCAUCAGCACCAAGCCACACCCCAUCAUUGUCAAGCUCCUCCUGCAGUAUGAUAAGUCCCGCCUCCCCUGUCAGCCCACAAGACGGAUGGCAGGUGCACACUGACCAGGACAGUGGGAGGUUGUAUUAUUUCCAUCCUAUGACCCGAAAGAUCACCUGGACUGAUCACCGAGGCCUCACAUUACCUGCCGACAUGGACCCGUCCAGUCCGCUGUCCACGGCCUCCUCUCAGGGCUCCUGUGGGUGGGAACAUGUUCUGGAUGAAGCUUCAGGGAGGCUCUACUUCUACAACACCAGCACAGGAGCCACAUCCUGGACUCUCCCAGACCCGCCGGGCCCCCCGUCCCCGUCUGGAUCCACAGCCAACAGGAAGGACCAAGACGACGCUCCGCCUCUCCCAAAGGAGGAUUAUCCUGUGGAUCGGCACAACGAUGAUAACGACGCCGUCUUCGCUCCGAAUCCUCAGCAGCUGGCGGCUCAUAAACCCAAAACUCAGCUGGACCUGAAGGACCCCAACCAUCUACAGAAGCAGCAGGAGCAAAGGCUGAUGGGAAAUGGAGUUUCAGAGGAUGGAGCACCACUGAAGAUGUUUACUCCUGGACACAGGAGGAUCGCCUCAGACUUCACGGAGCCAACCAGAAAACCCUCCCCCGACAGUCCACAGUCCCCUAACAGGUCCAAGCUGAGGAGGAAUCUGUCCAAUCAGAGCACAGGCUUCAACCAGCUGCAUGGACACCUGCAGGAGAAGGCGGGAAUCAUCAACAAGACCAAGGUGGCUGACAACAGCAAGAAGAUCAGGAAGAACUGGAGUCAGUCUUGGACCGUCCUCCAUGGAGGGAUUCUCACAUUUUUCAAAGACCCCAAAUCUGCUCCAGCUGGGAAUCUUAGCAAAGCUUCACAGAUUGUUCCAGAGUACACCGUUGACCUGCGAGGAUCAUCGAUACAGUGGGCCACCAAAGACAAGUCCUCCAAGAAACACGUCUUGGAGUUGAAGACUCGACAGGGCUGCGAGUAUCUGAUGCAGUACGACACUGAGAGCAUCAUCACCGACUGGUUCAAAGUGGUCCAAGACACCAUCCAUCAACUAGCAACACAGCAACAGCUGGAACAGGAGCAACCAAGUGACGAUGAUGACGAGACCGGCUCAGACAGAGAGGACAAAGACAGGAAAAGGACAUCCCCCAGAGGUUCUUCAGGAGCCGACUUGGAGCAGAGCCGGAUCCGGCGCAGAUUGCGCCGUUUUCUCCAGAGAAGGCCGACGCUGCAGAGCGUCAAAGAGAGGGGAUACAUCAGAGACAACGUCUUCGGCUGCCACCUGGACACCCUCUGCCACAGAGAAAACACCACCAUCCCUAAAUUUGUGGAGAAAUGUGUCCGAACGGUGGAGAGGAGAGGUCUGGGAGUUGACGGGAUCUACAGGGUGAGCGGGAACCUGGCUGUGAUCCAGAAACUACGACACAAAGCCGACCACGAGGAACAUCUGGACCUGGAGGACGGGCAGUGGGAGGAGAUCCACGUCAUCACUGGAGCGCUGAAACUUUUCUUCAGAGAACUUCCAGAACCGCUGUUUCCCUUCAGCAGCUUCGAGAAGUUCAUCGCUGCCAUCCAAAUCCCAGAUUACAGCCUGAGAGUUUCCUACGUGAAGGAUUUGGUCCGAUCUCUGCCUCUGCCAAACUACGACACCAUGGAGCUCCUCUUCAAACAUCUGCGCAGGGUGAUCGAGCACAAAGAGUCCAACAGGAUGUCUGUUCAGAGCGUCGCCAUCGUGUUCGGACCCACGCUGCUCCGCCCGCAGACCGAGUCCGCCCACAUGACGGUCCACUUGGUGUUCCAGAGCCAGAUCGUGGAGCUCAUGCUCAAUGAGUUCAACUCCAUCUUCUCUGAGAGAACCAGUACCAGGCUUCAAACAGCUGGUGUGAAUGGAGCCGUGUAGAACUGGAUCGGAGGCCCAAACUCCCUCAGCACCAACAAGGAUCAUGAACUGGACCAAAGGACCACAGUGACCCGCCUUCUGGGUUCUGCAGAAACCUCUAAACCUCCAGAAACUGUUUUAGAUUCAGCCUGGAUCCUCUUUUUUUAC